AUGACUACUCUGUCCAAAGCACCUUUCUUGAUUCUCAUCCUGCCCUUGUUUUUAUGCGAGCCCGUUUUCUCGGACCUGCUUUCGACGCCGCAGGAGCUGUCUGAAAUCCCCAUAAACUUCCUCAAUUAUGCGAAGAAAGCUGAAGUCUUUGAUUGGAUGGUUGGUGUUAGAAGAAAAAUACACGAGAGUCCCGAGCUGGGCUACGAGGAAUUCGAGACCAGUAAACUUAUCAGGGAUGAAUUGGACAAGAUGGGGAUUUCUUACAAGUACCUAGUUGCAGUUACUGGUGUUCUUGGUUUUAUAGGAUCUGGAAAAUCUCCUCGUGUUGCAAUUAGGGCAGAUAUGGAUGCCCUUCCUGUAGAGGAAAUGGUGGAGUGGGACCACAAGAGUAAAAAACCCGGAAAAAUGCACGCGUGUGGGCAUGAUGCGCAUGUUGCAAUGCUUCUUGGUGCGGCCAAGAUAUUACAAGAGCAUCGUGAUUUUAUCAAGGGGACAGUUGUUCUAGUUUUCCAACCUGGAGAGGAAGGAUAUGGAGGGGCCAAGAAGAUGAUAGAAUCUGGCGUGCUUGAGAAUGUAGACGCCAUUUUUGGCCUCCACGCGAAUCCUUUAUUGCCUGUGGGCCAAGUCUCGACUCGGGCCGGGCCCAUUAUGGCAGGGAGUGGCUUUUUCAAGGCCUUAAUAAGUGGAAAAGGAGGCCAUGCGGCCAUUCCUCAGCACUCGAUCGACCCAAUAUUGGCGGCUUCUAAUGUGGUUGUCAGUUUGCAAAAUCUCGUUUCACGAGAAGCUGAUCCUCUUGAUUCUCAAGUAGUUACUGUUGGUAAAUUCCAAGGAGGUGGCGCGUUUAAUGUUAUUCCGGAUUCUGUUACCAUCGGUGGCACUUUCCGGGCCUUUUCAAGCGAAAGCUUAGAUCAGCUUAAGCAGAGAAUUGAAGAGAUAAUCGUAGGGCAAGCUGCCGUGCAAAGGUGCAAUGCAACCGUAACUUUCGAAUCUAAAGACCAAAUUUUUUACCCGCCAACUGUGAACAAUCUCGAGCUACAUAAGUUUUUUCAGAAAGUAGCGAGUGAGAUGGUGGGGCCCGAUAAUGUCAAAGACAUCCAGCCAUUGAUGGGGUCCGAAGAUUUUUCCUUCUACCUGGAGAAAAUUCCGGGCUACUUCUUUUUUCUCGGGAUGAAAGACGAAACUUUGGAUAAACCCGUGAUGGCACAUUCACCUCAUUUCGUGGUUGAUGAAGGUGGGCUGCCAUAUGGUGCUGCACUCCAUGCAUCGUUGGUUGUACAGUACCUUCUCGUUGGAGAGAAAACGAGCCCGAGCCCGGUUUAUGGUGGCCAUCACGACGAAUUGUGA